AUGUCUACUAUUGCAAUAACUACGACUCCGCUAACUAUUCGCGCUAUCAAAUCGCCCAAGCAAUGGGAGGAAAUCAAACGUGAGGGGUGUGUCCCUAACCUAGAGAGUGAGUCCAACUUGGAAUUACAGAAACUCCUGAUAAAUACACCGGAAGCUAACCGUGUCCUCCACCAGACACACUCUGUUAAGCUGAAUGCCCUCUUGCUGUCUCCUAGUCGACUGAAGGUACCUACGAGACAUCAGACCGUAACGGUAAUCCAGAAAUUUACGGAGGUAAAUAAAAGCUCAUUAGAGGUGAUUGUGUACCUGAUAGACGCGGGAUCGUUAGGUAACGACCAGGUUGAGGUAGUGUAG